AUGCCGAAAUUCGAGGCCUACUGGAUCAGCAAAUCGCAACAAACACCUGUCAAGCAGGACAUCCCCACCAAAAGCGGCGCCCCUCCCACGCUUCUCUCUGCCUUCACCAAGCUCCUGACGGAUCCCACCAUCCCAGCCAUUGAUCUCGCCCAUGAAGCCGUCAACCCACUUCCACGGGAGCACGCCUACGCCCCGGAACCAAAGCCCCCUAUAACAGAGAUCCUCUACGCCAUGCUAAUAGAUGCGGUCAAGAACUUGACUGAGAUGAACAACCGGCUAGUAGAUUUCACUGAGGCAUUGGAGGGGUCUCCAGGGGGAGAAUAUAAGAAUUUAGAUGGAUUAGCUAUGGAAAUUGAUGAGUUUUCGUGGGGCCUCCACGACGGAGGCGGUGCUCGGCAACAAAACCGCCAAACCUGGUUCAAUCUGAACGCCUACACCGCCAAGUUGGCCGCGGUUGGGCUCCCCGACAGCUGGGCGAUCUAUCGCGGCGGCCGCGUGCUGCAGAAGGCACUCGAGAGGAAUUGGCAGCAGUGGGAUAUGGGGAGUCUGGAUGGGUAUAUGCCUGCUGCCGCGAUAUGGAUCCGCCACUGCGGCUCGCGGAUCUAUCAGGAGCGAUGGGAGUACUGGAAGAAGCGGUUUGAGUGGGUGACGACGGUGAAGACUCUCAAGGAGAGUACGCGGGAUGAGGCGAGGCAGUGCGUGGAGCAGAUGGGGGAUAUUGAGCAGCGGUUUUGAUUGCAUUAUAAAUGUGUAUAUCAUGUAUUCAAUCUACGAUAUGUUGGUCGAGGUGUAUUCCUUAUGUUUGGAGAACAGAUGAAACAGUGGG